AUGUCAGAACCAUACGAUCUCACAACCACAGACUCGCACCUCGUCUGCGACACAUGCGGCACACACUUCCCAACCACAUCCCUAAAAACAUGUUUCAUCUGCGACGACCCACGUCAAUUCGUGCCUCCCACAGGCCAAUCCUUCUCCACGCUAGCUUCUCUCAAAAAGAAGCAUCGUAACGAGUUUACCUCCUGUGCUACUGAUCCGGAUAUCACGUUUAUUACGUCUACCCCAAAACUUGGGAUUGGACAGCGUGCUAUUCUUAUCAAGACUCCCACCGGAAAUGUACUUUGGGAUUGUAUUACCCUGCUGGAUGAUGAGACUGUGGACAAGAUUAAGGAGAUGGGUGGGUUGAGGGCUAUUGUUAUCAGUCAUCCGCAUUUUUAUAGUGCGCAUGUUCAAUGGGGACGGGCUUUUGGAUGUCCUGUUUAUCUUGCUUCUGAGGAUAUGGUCUGGACGACGUUUUCUUCGUCGGAGCAAGUUCCUGUGACGUCUACUGCAACACCGAUUUUGGAUACUGGUGCAACAGCCAUCAAACUGGGCGGCCACUUUCCCGGUUCCAUGGUUCUACACUAUAACAACACUCUCUUCAUCGCCGAUACACUCAUGACCACAGCCUCGGGUGUAGGAGACUGGAGUGUUGAUGCAAGCGGUGCUGAAAGGUCUCGACCAGAGGGCCUCAAUUCUUAUUCGUUCCUUUGGAGUAUUCCUAAUUUUAUACCGCUUGGUGUGGAGGAGAUGGUGAGGAUGUGGAAGGUGUUGAAGGAGUGGGAGUUUGAGAGGACGUUUGGAGGGUUUAUGGGGAUGGAUGUUAGGGGGGAUGCGAAGAAGAGGGUUUGGGAGAGUAUGAAGAUUCAGGCUGGGUUUAUUGGGGAGAAGGAUUUUGACAGUAGAAUUUAG